AUGUCUGCCGCCAAACAAAAGGCCCAACAGAUCAUUGACAACAACGCCGUCGUGGUCUUCUCCAAGAGCUACUGCCCAUACUGUCACGCAUCCAAGACGUUGUUGAAUGAGUUAAAAGCAAAAUACUACUUGUUGGAGUUGGAUGAAGUUGACGACGGCGCCGCAAUCCAAGACGCCCUCGAAGAGAUCACGGGCCAGCGCAGUGUCCCCAACAUCUUCAUCGACCACAAACACAUUGGAGGGAACUCGGAUUUGCAGGCGAGACGAGGGCAACUCAAUAAGUUACUGAGCGCUGCUGGUGCUCUCUAA